AUGUAUGGCAGGAGAAGGUUCCUCGCUGCCUCUGUUAUUUCUGUCCAGAACUCCAACUUUGUGUAUCCGUCGUGCCAAAACUGCUUUUCCAGGCUGCACCUAGAUUUGGAGAGGUACAGCUGCCUGAAAUGCGGCUGCUCGGGCGACGCCAGAGAAGCGAGCUAUAGGUAUCGUCUCUCGCUCGAAGUCGCCAACUCUCACGAGGUGUUUCUGGUGACGGUAUUUGGCAGCUGUUUGGAAGCUUUCUUUGGAGUCCCAGCAAAGAGUCUGCAGAGGUACAUCGAAGACUUGAAUCCAGAAGCAACAGGAGGAGCAACUGGAGACGCAUCUCCGAGUGUUGUCAUUCAGGCCGUUGAGAGCUGCUUUGUUGGGAAGAAAUUUAUCUUUGGAGUGAAGGGUUCUGAAAAGCAAGAUGGCGUUGGCCGCUUGCAGAACGACUCUCGAGUUGGCCGCUGCCCAAAAGCUCUCACAGCCUGUCAGAUGUUUGUGCCGAAUCCUGGCCUCGUGGGCUGCACCGUUCUCCGUCACCUCCAUCAGCAGCAAUGCUCUUCUCGUUCCCAAAUCAGCCAUGAGGGUGCAAGGUCUCCCAGUGGCCUCUUCACAGCACUCGAUCAGCCGAGCGGCGAGCUUAGUGGCUUGCCCAGCUCUGGGGACUGUGACGCAGUUCCCUCUGGUCACGCAAAUCAUCUUUCCAGCCUCUGGCCCCAGUCAUUUGGACUGGCUUCCUUGUCCGUUUCUGGGGGAGCAGCCGUGGAUCCUACAGCUUUAGGCUCAAGCAGAACUGCCUGCGAUGAGCAGACAUGGGACGACAGCCCCGUUUCUCCGCUGCACCACUGCCAAUCAAUCGACAACUCCCAGAACGAUAAACUGACUGUAAACGAGAGGGACGUGCAGGAGGAUGAUAAACUGCGUUUGUGUUCUACUUGGCAUGACAGCAGUGUUGUAACAAAGGACGCACAGAGCCAUUCCUCAGAAAGAGAUGACAGUGGAUCAUUGCAGAGUCUAUUAGAAAAAGGGAAGAAAGAUUCUCCCGGCCAAAUCAGCAUCCGGUGUAGUCGCGGUCUGGAAAAAUCACCAAACCCUUUGCGAGGUUAUUCUUUUUCUCCGCUCAUAUCGUGCGCUAGCCGCUCUAGAAGCUCUCAAGGGGACCCAUGGUUUUGGGACGAACUGCCCUCUUCUGAAAGCCUAAAUGAAUUCAUUGCCAGAAUUGAGAACGGCGAAGCUGCAGUGUCGCCAACGGAAGCUAGAGCUCGGGGACGCAUCCCAAGCGAAAGGGCUGGUGAAAUCCAUGGACCUGUUGACCAGCUGCCCCUCCAGCUACAUGCUGCUUCUGCAACCGGCCAAGCGCAUGAGAAGCUGCAGGAGGAAGCUGAGAAAGAGGAGGCGUCCAAAGAACCUGUUCUGUCUCGUCACCAGCCUAACCGGCUAUCCUUUAGUGGCAAAGAAUAUCAACAGGGGGUCUCUUUUCGCUAUUCAUCUACUCAAGGAAAAGAUGAAUGGGAACUUCUGUCCAGCCAUCAUCAGAUUCUCUUGCCUCAGCUCUCUCCAGUUGGAAUUAAGCCUUCUGGCUCCAAAGGAAGUUGCCCAUCAUCCAAGGAAGGAGGUGGCCGAGACGCCGCUGGUUGUGAGAAUCACCAUAUCCCCGCCUCUUUAAAGACUGCCAGUAACUGCCACACAGGCCCUGCCCACUUAAAUUGUAUGCAGGAGGGCAAUGUAAGUGGUUGGAGAAAGAAAUUCAGAUCUUGCCGCGAGCUAAAACAAACUUCUGACCCGACAGAUGUCCAGGGACAGGGCUUCACCUCGGCAGCCUGUGAAAAACCAGACAAAGUUUGUGAAAGACAGCCUUUCCAAGACAUGCACGAAAAUAAUUGUAAAGGGGGCGAGAUCAGCCGCUUGCUACAGGACUCUUCCAUUUGCCCCCAGGGCGGUUACAAUGCUUCAGCCGAUCUCUUUGACGUUAGCGCCACAGGGGUAGAAGUUGUCGCAGGAAUGUUAAGCAUGGCCCAAGCUUUCUCGGCACAGGGAGGCGCGUCGACCUCAAAGUCCGCUCCCUCUGGACGCAAGCCGAGUGAGUCAGAGGCCAGCUGGAAUACUUCUCAGAGUGGGUUAUCCUUUCUCGAUUUGUUUGCUGCUUCCAACCCAAAAGCCAGCACCCCGGUCGUUGGUUCUGCAGUUGAUUCGGAACGCAGUCCGUCGGGCACCCAAGACUUUGUGCUUUCUUCCCAGUCCACUCCCCGCGUGAGACCCUGUCAACAGGCAAGGCUCCCUAGGGGGAAGGAAUCCAUUUUUAGUGAAUUGCCACUGAACAGAUUGCCUUGGAUCGAUGCCAGAUGGAAGCGACCCAGGCCUGCCUUCAAAGGCCCAUUAGUAAAACAGCUCGUUGGCAAGUUCCUGCAAUCUAGAAGGUUAAGCAACGUGUGCUCUGCCACCAUGGAUACUUUGACGACUCCUGGUUUGAUUAUCAAUGGUAGCCCGGCCCAGGAGCUGUCUGAAAACGACCUCGAGGAAUGGAUUCCUCCGUCUGAGAAAAAACGGGAGCAGCCGCUUCCUUUCCAGAAUCAAAAAACGUUUGGGUUGAGGAGAAGGAGGUUUGGGGAUAUCAUGGAGAAGAGCCCUUUAUCUGAAAAGCAAACAGGAUGGAAGGCUCCAAGAGGUGCCACCGGGUUGGCACGAACAGAAUUCACUCCUAACAGCCAGCGGCCGACCGAGGCUACCGUUCAUGAAGGUGUUGCUGAUCCUCAGCGGGUAAUGGUGGUGUCCCCUGGAUCUUGUACUUUUUCAGACGGCAGCAGGUCAAACCGGACUUCCACACCUCGUUCCACACCUGACACGGUGAACUGGUCUCCUGAGCUGUUUGGAGACAACAGCCGGCUCUUCACCCCGUAA